UACUCUCGAAACCUACACUCUUCAGCAUUGUAUUUUGAAAACUCACACCGGAUAUGGACUGUACAGAUGGCGAGUGUGCACACUCAGUGGGCGGCCAGCAGUGGACUUAGGACGUAUCGUGUUACCUGGACUCCUCGUCUUUGUACACGCGCUGAGCAAUAAUGUCAGUGAAGCAUGCCCAGCCCCAGUUCAGCCAGUCUCAGGUGACUGAGAUCGUGAAGAGGAUCUUCAGACUCACACCGUCAGAAAUUCGCUCACUGCCGAGCUACGAUGACCAGAACUUCUAUGUGGCGACCACUGAGGGUGGCGAGUACGUCCUGAAGAUAAUGAACACAGAGGACAGUAAAAACCCCACCAUGAUUGAGGUGCAGACAUGUGUCAUGACCUUCUUGCACCAGAAUGGACUUCCUGUCCAGACAGCUUUGCCCACCUCCUCAGGAGAGCUCAUGAGCCUGGAAGAAAUGGACUGUGGCUAUGGCUGUCAGAAGUACCUGGUGCGGAUGCUCACUUAUUUGCCUGGAACCAUGAUUUGCAAGGUUCCGUUAACACCACAGUUACUGUAUGAAACUGGCAAGACAGCAGCCAGAAUGGACCAAGUUCUACAAGAGUUGGAGCACCCUCAUCUUAGUGUGCUGGACAGAGGGAAGUUCAUGUGGAGUCUGUCAAAUGUUCCCCUCCUCGAAGCAUACAUCAAUCUGUUAGAUGGAGACCCACUUCAGGAGGUUGUGAACUCUGUCAUUCUUCAGUACAAGACCUCUGUGCUCCCCAGGAUGUCCAAUUUCCGCAAGAGCAUUAACCACGGUGACUUCAACGACCUCAAUGUGCUCGUUCAGCCUGAUGGGAGUGACGGCCACAGGAUUUCUGGCAUCCUUGACUUUGGAGACAUGAACAGUGGCUUCUACAUCUAUGAGCUAGCUAUCACCAUCAUGUACAUGAUGACAGAGCACCCUAAACCCAUAGAGAUCCCCACCAGGUGGUUGGUAUCCCCGGUCAACAUUGAGACUGACAUCAGCAUCGCCAUCUCAUUACUCUCCAAGGGAUCUGGGAGGUCAGUGCUAUCAAGUGGAGUGGUGCUAUAAAAUAAAUUGAAUGUUCCGCCGAGGCAAAUGUUGAAGGUGAUGGACAGAGAGGGCCCCUGCUCAGAACCACAGCUCUCUCCAGCUCCCCUGGGUGCUGCGGACUGGGACCCGGGUUGAGCAGCUGGAUAACUGGCUGGGAAAAAGGUUGCAAUCAGAAUUAAACAUGAGCAACCCGACUAGUGGGGUAUGUUGGCCGUCCGUCACUCUGCGGCUCGGAGAGGCUACCUCUGCACGUCCAGCGGGCCUGUCAGGUAUUGGAAUAGACACACUUGGCUGCGCAGAGGUGGAAUCAGAAUUGCAGAUGGGGAAGGAGAGGGAAAAGGAGACUAAAGCCAAUCGAUGUGGAGUGAACACCUACAGACACAGAGAGAUGGUCCGUGUUUCUGUGGUUUUGGCGAAAGAUAAUAUUAGACUACAGUUACACUUGUCAUUUCAAUGUGAUUUUCAGCUGUAAUUCUAAAAAUUACAACUUAUGACGGUGCUUUAAUUCAACACUUGGCCUGAAAGUCCCUUUUUUUUCCCUUUAUGUUUUAAUUUAAAGCCUGGCGAUUUUUCACCUGGAUCCUGUUUGAGUUAUUUCAAAGUCCCUUUAUUCAUUUUGACUGCUCCAUUUGACUGCUCAGUGGUUUGUCUGUAUUUGGUCUGUCAAAAUGCCUGUAUUUACAGUAUUGUAGGAUUUACUGUGCUGUGAAGAAAAAAAAAAAGAAAAAAACUUUUUGGCUGUUAUAAUGGUUAAACUGAAUUCAUCAAAAUGUAACUAAUUUGAUGCCAACAUGUUUGUGCCUUAUAGUGUGUGGUUGCUUAGAUGUAAGAUGUUAAAAUAAACAAUGUCAGAUGACAUCCCAGCAUAACUGGAAAAAUACAUAA